AAUCCCUUAACCUCUUGAUACCAUAAUAAAUUGCUCCUCCAACAAACUAACCCACCCCUAACCCACACAUCUCUCACUCACCCUCCAUUUUUUGCAUGCACCAAACUAGAAAAAAUGGCUCUACUCAAGUUCCUUCUUCUCACCAUCCUCCUACUCUCUUCCUUCCACUUCCCCUCCCACGGGCUAACCGACCAAAACCGAACCCUUGAAUCCAUGAUCCUCAAGUCGUGCGACGGAAUCGACAACCGAGCCUCGUGCCUCUCAAACAUCCGAUCCCGAAUCAAAUCCCAAGACCACAUCUCGAUCCUCAAGGCCGCACUCCAAAACGCACUCGACGAUGCGCGUUCUGCUACUGACAGAGUCACCACAUUCAACACCCUAUCGUCGUCUGCAAGCCGUCGAGAACAACUCGCCCUCGAGGACUGCAGGGAGCUUCUAGAUUUCUCGGUGUCCGAGCUCGCGUGGUCCAUGUCCGAAAUGCACAAAAUCCGUGUCGGCCAUGGAGGCCACCGUUCUUCCACCCACGACAACCUCAUGGCUUGGUUGAGUGCGGCACUUAGCAACCAAGACACGUGCCUAGAGGGGUUCGAGGGGACAAACCGGCGGCUCGAGCGUCUCUUGAGGGGAAGCCUCUCUCAAGUGAAUCAACUCAUCGGGAACGUGCUCACGCUGUACUCCGAAAUGCACCACCGGCCUUUUGAGCCGGCCAAAAAAAGCAACAAUGGUAAUUAUAAUGAUAGUCGUGAUAAUUAUGAAGAGAGCGUAGAUUUUGGGGAUUUCCCGAAAUGGAUGAGCGAGGGGGACAAGGAGAUGCUUGCCUCGAGUCCUAAUCAUGGCAUGCAUGUGGACUCAACGGUGGCAUUGGAUGGGAGUGGGGACUACCGGUCGAUAGGGCAGGCAAUAAUCGAGGCCCCGAGCCAUAGCGUGAGGAGGUACGUGAUACAUGUGAAGGCGGGAGUUUACAAGGAGAAUAUAGACAUGAAGAGGAAGAAAACAAACAUCAUGCUCGUUGGGGAUGGAAUCGGGAAGACCGUUAUCACGGGGAAUCGGAACUUCAAGCAAGGGUGGACGACGUUUCGGACCGCCACAUUUGCUGUCUCGGGCAAGGGGUUUAUCGCGAGGGACAUCACCUUUCGGAACACGGCGGGCCCCGAGAACCACCAAGGCGUCGCCCUUCGAGUCGACUCGGACCAGUCGGCCUUCUACCGCUGCAGCAUGGAAGGUCACCAGGACACACUCUACGCCCACUCCCUCCGCCAGUUCUACCGCGAAUGUACCGUCUCCGGUACAAUCGACUUCGUGUUCGGCAAUGGGGCCGCCGUCCUCCAGAACUGCCGCAUUCUCACACGGGACCCACUACCCCUCCAGAAAGUCACUGUCACUGCACAGGGCCGCAAGGACCCUCGCCAGGCCACGGGCUUCACAAUCCAAGAUAGCUACGUGUACGCAACUCGGCCCACCUACUUGGGCCGGCCCUGGAAGAUGUACUCGCGGACCGUGUUCAUCAACACGUACAUGAGCCCAAUGGUGCAGCCGAGGGGGUGGCUCGAGUGGUACGGGGAUUUUGGGCUGGCCACAUUGUGGUACGGUGAGUACAAGAACUAUGGGCCGGGGGCUUCGCUUGCCGGUAGGGUGAGGUGGCCCGGUUACCAUGUUAUUCGGGAUGCCUCGACAGCCGGGUUCUUCACCGUGGCCCGGUUUCUUGACGGGAUGACGUGGCUUCCGGCUACCGGCAUCAAGUUUACUCCUGACUUGACUAAUUAGUGUACACCAACUCCUAAUGUAAUGAGUAUAUAUAGGAGGAGUUGCAUAUUGUAACUUAAACAAGUGAUAGUUAGAAAGCAAUUACGUACACUGUAUUUAAGGUAAUAUAUGGAGAUUAACAAAAUAAGAGAAGGAAUUAGUUCUUGGCACUUAAUUAAUUAGCAUGUGGUUUAUAAGCCAUAUAUCCAAGUGUUUAUACAGUAGUCAUCUGCUAAUUACUUAACUCACCAUUAUUAACGGAUGAUCAAAUUCAUUGUAAAUAGCCUUCUUGAAAAUUCUUCUCUCCCUAAUUAAUAAGCAAAGUAAUUACUCAGAGCAAGUCCAAUGUUAGCGCCAUAAUGCCGCUCUACUUCGAAGCUACGAAAAAUACGCGCUACAUUUUCGUACUAAAGAUGUUCACUGUACUACAAUUUUCUCUCAAUUUUUAUUUUGUUUUUAAUUAAUUUUUUAUAUCUAGCUUGAUGUAUUAUUUUGACAACUUAUACACUAGUAUGUUU